AUAGUUAUCUCAUAUCAGUACUGCCUGCAUAACGUUUUACUGUAGUUAUUUUUCAAUGAUUUGAUUUUAAAUGGAAAUGUUGACCACACACUGGUCAACCCCCUUUAAUUUUUACUUCGACGUAUUAUCUUCUGUUGUCUUCUGUUCCAGUUCCCUCUCCCUCUCUCUCUGUCUCUCUCUCUCUCUCUCUCUGUCGCUCACUGUCACACACACAUACAUGCACACACACGCACCUCUAUACACACACACACACACACACACACAUACGAGCACGCGCAAGCGCGCCCUCGUACUCAAACACGCGCACGCGCAUACAUACACACUCCAGAAAACCCCCUCCAAAUAUUUAAUCAUUUCUCUCCAGCUUGUCUUGGUGCUUUUGAAACUGAUGAAUACGAAUCGCGGGUGAAAGCCCCUCCAACCGGGUUUUGGCUAACUGGCUGAGUCGCCGUUGAACGAAAGCAGUAAGUAAGAAGGGGACACGAACGCAGCGAUCUACCUACCGGCGGGCGGCAUGCAGGACUGCGUACGCAUAUGCACUGUCUGUCGCUAUUGAGACCGAAGAAAGGAAAGGAGAAACAAAAUACAGACAAAUACAUCCGAAAUUACAGACGCUCCAGAGGGAGCGGGGGUGAUAACGGACUAGAGAGAGAGAGAGAGAGAGAGAGAGAUAGUGUGAGGAAGAGGGGGAAGAGAGAGAGAGAGAGAGAGGGGGAGAGAAAAAGAGAGAGAGAGAAGAGUGGACUAAGAUUGUCCAAAGGGACUAGCUGUGUAUUUUGGUUUCCAGGUUUCCGGUGGUGGCGGCAGUGGUGGUAGUAAAAAAAUAACAUAAAAGACUUUUCCUUUUACUGCUGUGACUUGACUUCACCUUGAAUGAAAUAGCCAUGAGUUCAUAUUUUGUAAAUCCACUGUUCUCCAAAUACAAAGGAGGCGAGUCACUGGAACCAACUUACUACGACUGCAGGUUCCCCCAGAGCGUCACCAGGAGCCAUGCGCUGGUCUACGGUCCGGCGGCCGCAGCGUCGGGUUUCCAGCACCCGUCUCACCACGUCCAGGAUUUCUUCCACCAUGGCUCCUCUACCAUCUCCAACUCGGGAUACCAGCAGAACCCCUGCGCCUUGGCUUGUCAUGGAGACGCGUCGAAAUUUUAUGGAUACGAAACUCUUCCGAGGCAGACGCUUUAUGGUACCCAGCAAGAGGCGAAUGUGUCGCAAUAUCCAGACUGUAAAUCGUCUUCCAUCAGUAACACGGCGGAGGGACAAGGGCACUUAAAUCAAAACUCGUCUCCGAGCCUCAUGUUUCCUUGGAUGAGACCUCACGCUCCGGGAAGGCGCAGUGGCAGACAAACAUACAGUCGGUAUCAGACACUGGAGCUGGAGAAGGAGUUUCUGUUCAACCCUUACCUGACCCGCAAGCGCCGGAUUGAAGUCUCACACGCCCUGGGACUCACCGAGCGUCAAGUUAAGAUCUGGUUUCAAAAUCGGCGCAUGAAGUGGAAAAAGGAGAAUAACAAAGACAAAUUUCCUGGUCAGAGAGGGGACGAAGAAGAGAAAGUAGACGAAGAAGGCAACGACGAAGCGGAAGGAGAGGAGAAGGAAGUUGAAGAGAAAGAUGAGAAUAAGGAGUGAUUUUAUGGCCUAGUCUUUUUAUGGUUCUGUGGCGAAGAGAGAGGGGGAGAGAGAGAGAGGGGAGAGAUGUUUACGACUAUCGUUUCACUUUAUUGAGUCUGGAAGUGGAGGAAAAAAAAAUCACAUAGACCUUAGCUACUAAAGCAUUUUCUGUUUCACUUUAAAACCCUCUCUCUUUGUGACUUGAAACGGGAGAAAUGAUAUUUCCACUUCAACAACGGUUCACUCGCAGGCAUGAGAAAGAAGCUAAUCGAACAAUAAGAGAAAACACACACACACAAAAUGAUAAUAAUAAAUGCAGCUUCUAGUGACAAGGAAUGGAUUGGCGGCACCAAUAAAAUGACUAUUGACAUUAUUUCCAUUUGAAAAAAAAAUGUUAUGGAAUGUGUUAACUCUACAAAUUCAUUAAAUUACUACCUGUUUCAUUUUAGCUGUAAAAAAAUAACAGUCCAUGAUCCACUAGAAUGUACAAGACGUGCACAAAAAUGUAUACUUGGUUAAUGAACUUAUCCAAUGUCUACUCUUAUUUUUUAUUUUGGUCUUUUUAUAUACUAAAAAUGUGAACGCAGUCUAAAAGUUAUAUUUUGCGCACUUUUAAAAUACUUAGGACUAUAGCCUGGACACUUUCAGUAAAAGCUGAUCCUUUCAAAAAGCGCUGUAGUGCAAGAAUGAAAAGUCUUGGAAGUUUCUAGUGAACUGUUUAUAUUUAAAAGUGUUAAAAAAUCGGCGCUGAGAUAGGCAGCCUAUUUUACGAAAGUGCUUAUGCUUUAAUUCUGAUUUUUUUUUUUUAAAUUAAAUUUCAUUUUGAAAACAAAAAUGUACAACUGAAUCAAGUACAUAGUUUAGAACCAGUUACCCUUUCUUAUAGUUUAGAGUAAACCAAUAUUAGUAUCAGAAAUAAAAUAAAAUAAAAUCUCCCUUUGACAUUCAAUUCAUCGGGCCGUAUUUUGUGCUGCUUUUUAUUUAAAUAGAUAGCACUAUGUGUAAAAGUAAUAUAUUAAUAUUCUGUUAUGACUGAUCUUAUGUGCAUUUUAAGGAUUUCCAGGGAAGUUGAAUUUUCUCGAAAUAUUUCACAAACUACCUAAACGGGAACCUGCAAUAAAAUCCAUUAGGGCUUGCAAAAGGCUUCCUGGAACAUAGAUGUUACUUGACAUUACUCACUUUUUUGUAUUCUCUCUCUUUUUCGCUCACUCUAUAGUGAUAUAUAUAUAUAUAUAUAUAUAUAUAUAUAUAUAUAUAUAUAUAUAUAUAUAUAUAUAUAUAUAUAUAUAUAUAUAUAUAUAUUCUGAAAAUUAUACUGGUAUAUACUUCGAGAGAAAUAUCAGGCUACUAAGUAGCAGAAGACAGCUAUUAAGUAAUAUAUCGCUACCUAUACUCGAAGAAAAAAAAAUCUUCCUUUUUUAUUAUUAUUUUUUAUUGUAUGCUUCUAUGAUGUUGUUUGUUGCUGCUUUUCAAUUCAAAAUAAAUUUUCCCAACAACUGAAACUGCCUAGUUAAGCGCACAGUACUGUGUUACUUAAUAUUGUGCUAAUGGUGUAGCGUAGGAGUAAAUGCACUGAAUAUAAUCUUUAAGCUAUAUAUCUUGUAUAACCUGUUGUUUGCAACAUGCUUGUUUAUUUGUUUUUGGGUGAAAUAGUUUAUAAUGUUCACAUCAUGAAUGUAGAAAUCAGUAGUACCACUUCAACCUCCCAUGUUGCCAGAAGAGUAUCUUUGUAUUGUCUAUGUGUUGUUAAAAAAUAAACAUUGUUUAAAGAUU